AUGCGGGACGAAAGUGUUGUCGAGAGAAUCGUUCGUGCUACAAAUCAUCUCCGUCUUGCCCUUCUGUCCGGUUACACCACCUACAGAGAUCUGGGCACCGAAGGGCUGCGCUCAUACGACGCAAACCUGAGAGACUGUGUCAACCGAGGCCUCAUACCCGGCCCGCGACUCUUCGUGGCCACCGAGUGUCUCGCCAGCACUGGCUCGUACGAGGUCCGUCACGAGAACUCGUGGGCCAAACUACCGCGCAUUUCGGACCCCUGCGACGGUCCGGUGGGUGUGACACAGGCUGUCCGGCGCCGUGCGGCCGACGGGGCGGACAUCAUCAAGUUCUACGCGGACUAUCGGCGCAAGGUGAUGCGAUUCCCGAAUUCAAAGGAACCGGUCCCGUUUCUUCCUUCGGAGCCCAACCCGACUGUGGUCAUGUUCAACCAAGAGGAAAUGGACGCAAUCGUCAAGGAAGCCAAGCUAGGCGGGCUACCCGUGGCGUGUCACGCAGGGUCAGCCAAGGGCGCACUCAUGGCUAUCAAGGCUGGUGUCGACACUGUUGAGCACUGCCAAGAAGCCACCGAUGAGGUCUUUCGAGAAAUGGCGCGCCGCGGUACCAUAUUUGUCCCGACGCUCGGGAUUAUGAAGACCUCGCCUGAUUUCAGCAGCAUCGCGAAGCAGACCAAGCGGGCAUACGACCUCGGCGUGCGUCUUGCUGCUGGAGGUGAUACCGGAACGUUCCCCCACGGGGAAGGUGCUUUUGAAAUGGAACUCAUGAUCCAGGCCGGGGUUCCUGUCGUGGAUGUGCUGGAAGCGUGCGUGAUGGGAGGCUGGGAAAGCUGCGGUAAGGAGAAGAGCGGUUUCUACUUUGGUUCCAUCGAGAAGGGAUACCGAGCCGAUAUCAUUGCCUUGGACACGGAUCCGAGAGAAGACGAGGGGGCUUUGAGGAAGGUUGGCUUUGUCAUGAAGGACGGCAAGGUCUGGAAGAAGGACGGGCGAGCAGUCGGCUUCUUCGAGGAGCAGACGGUCGAUUCGAACCCCAGCGCCGAUGAGGAGUCGGAUUGGACUUUCGUUUGA